UCGCGCUGAAAUGAACUCCCAGCAUAUCCCCCUCCACCAUGGCCACCCAUAACCCAGUUUCUACUACUGGCACCACCUCCUCCCUUGGGCACAAUGCGCCAUCCCUGCCUGUGGACAACUGCUCUUCCAGCACCUCUGAUCCUGUCACCAAAGAGUCCCCUAUUGCCCCCUCCACCUCUGAGAGCAUGAGGCCCUCAGAGCCAGGGGGAGAGCCUCUGGAGUCAGGCUGUGGCCUCAUCCCACCAAAGGAGACUGGGGAGCCCCAAGAAGAGCCUGGCUGUGGUCAUUUCACACCAAAGGACUUGGGGGCAGGAAAGAACAAGGAGCCAGAGGAGGAGGUGGAAGAGGAAGAGGAGGAAGGGCUCCCUCCUGUAGACCUAAGCAACCACUUAUUCUACACAACUAGUGGUGAAGCCUACCUAGUAGCCGAGCUAUCCCUGCCAGGCGACACUGAGCUCCUGUUACCAAAGGGCUUCCCUUGGGGUGAGGCAAGCAUCAAGGAAGAGCCUAGACUGCCUCUCCUUGCCCGCUCCCCACCCUCACACCUCACUGCCCUUCACAUCCAACAUGGCUUUGACCCAAUCCAAGGCUUUAGCUCUUCUGACCAAAUUCUGUCCCAUGAUACCUCAGCGCCAUCUCCGGCUGCCUGUGAGGGAAGGGAUGGAGCCUUCUGGAGCUACCGGCUGGCUCCAAACCCACCCGGAGAUCCCAAAGAUGGCCCCAUGGGGAGCAGAGUAGGAGACCACAGGGCACUCUUCUGGCUCUGCCUACUGUGCCGCCUAGGUUUCAGUAGGCCCCAGGCCUUUAUGGGUCACACACAGUUUCAUGGGGUGAAGCUAACCCCUGCCCAACACCAGAGCCUGCUAGGCAGCCCAGCCAUGCUUCAGGAGGGGGACAAGGGUUGUGUGGCCCUUCUAAGCUUUCUGGAACCAAAACCUCUCCCUUGCCUUCCUCUUGAAACACCCUUUGACAACAGCAGCACAGAGAACACGGAGGUGAAUGUACCCCAGAUUCAUGGCAGUCCUCUCGAGGCAGAAGUCCAGGCCCUUGUCCUGCCCACUGAGGAAGUCAUGGCUAGCCCUCCCUCCCCAACCAUAACCCCAGCCACCUGGGACCCCAGCCCAACCCAAGCCAAAGAAUCGCCUAUAGCAGCAGGCGAGGCAGGGCCAGAUUGGUUCCCCGAGGGGCAAGAAGAGGAUAGAGGGCUCUGCCCCCAACUCAACCAAAGCUCACCCACCUCCAAGGAGGGGGGCAUUCUCCCUGCUCCAGUGGGCUCUCCUGAAGACCCCAAUGACCUGCCCCAGCCCUACCGCCUACCUGAUGACUACACUCCAGCCCCUGCAGCCUUCCAGGGCCUCAGCCUCUCCAGCCACAUGUCCUUGCUACACUCACGCAACUCCUGCAAGACACUCAAGUGUCCAAAGUGCAACUGGCACUACAAGUACCAACAAACUUUAGAUGUGCACAUGCGGGAGAAACACCCUGAGAGCAACAGUCACUGCAGCUACUGCAGCGCAGGGGGGGCCCAUCCCCGCCUCGCCCGAGGAGAGAGCUACAACUGUGGCUACAAGCCCUACCGCUGUGAUGUCUGCAACUAUUCCACCACCACCAAAGGGAACCUCAGCAUCCACAUGCAGUCUGAUAAACAUCUGGCCAACCUGCAGGGCUUUCAGGUGGGGCCUGGAGGGCAGGGAAGUCCCCCAGAGGCAUCCCUCCCACCCUCUGCAGGGGACAAAGAACCCAAGACCAAAUCAUCAUGGCAGUGCAAGGUGUGUAGCUAUGAGACAAACAUCUCCCGCAACCUGCGCAUCCAUAUGACCUCUGAGAAGCACAUGCAGAAUGUCCUAAUGCUGCACCAGGGCCUGCCACUGGGCCUGCCACCUGGGCUGGUGGGGCCAGGACCUCCUCCCCCACCAGGGGCUGCCCCCACCAACUCUCCUGAACUCUUCCAGUACUUUGGCCCCCAGACCCUAGGACAACCUCAGACUCCCAUGCCUGGCCCUGGGCUGAGGCCUGACAAGCCCCUGGAGGCCCAACUGCUUCUCAAUGGUUUCCACCAUCUUGGAGCACCUGCCCGAAAGUUCCCCACACCUGCCCCAGACAGCCUUUCCCCGGAGGCUCACCUGCCUCCAAGUCAGCUCCUAGGCUCCUCAUCAGAUGGCCUGGCCACUACACCACCCCCAGAUGACAGCCCAGCCCUGAAGGUGUUUCGCUGCCUAGUGUGCCAGGCUUUCAGCACAGACAGCCUGGAGCUGUUGCUCUACCACUGCAGCAUAGGCCGGAGCCUCCCGGAAGCAGAAUGGAAGGAGGUGGCUGGAGACACACACCGCUGCAAACUGUGCUGUUACGGCACCCAGCUCAAGGCCAACUUCCAACUCCAUCUCAAGACUGACAAACAUGCCCAGAAGUACCAGCUGGCAGCCCACUUGCGGGAGGGGGGUGGAGUCCUGGGCACCUCCUCCCCACUGUCCCUAGGGGAUGGGGCCCCUUAUGGUUCUGUCUCCCCCUUGCAUCUACGCUGUAACAUCUGUGACUUCGAGUCCAAUAGCAAGGAGAAGAUGCAGCUUCAUGCCCGGGGUUCAGCCCAUGAAGAAAACAGCCAAAUUUAUAAGUUUCUGCUGGAAUUGGAAGGAACUGAAGCAGGGACAGAGCUGGGACUUUACCGUUGCUUAUUGUGUGCCUGGGAGACACCCUCUCGCUUGGCUGUGCUGCAACACCUGCGUGCACCUGCCCACCGCGAUGCCCAGGCCCAGAGGCGUCUACAGCUGCUGCAGAAUGGCCCAACUGCUGAGGAAGGAAUCUCAGCUCUCCAGAACAUCCUGAGCUUCAGCCAUGGGCAGCUCCGGACUCCUGGAAAGGCUCCUGUUACUCCCUUAGCUGAGCUGUCCACCCCUGAGAAAGAUGCCCAGAGCAAGAUAGAACAACUAACAUCUGAAGAGGCAGAGAACAAGACUGGCCUUUCCAGAGACAAUGCCAACCAGACCAUGGUAUACUGCUGUCCUUACUGCAGCUUCAUGAGCCCAGAAUCUGACCAGGUGAGAGCUCAUACACUGUCCCAGCAUGCUGUGCAGCCCAAAUACAGGUGCCCACUGUGCCAGGAACAGCUGGCGGGCCGGCCUGCCCUGCACUUCCACCUCAGCCACCUUCACAACGUGGUACCCGAGUGUGUUGAAAAGCUGCUACUUGUGGCCACAACUGUAGAGAUGACCUUUACGACCAAAGUGCUUCCUGGGCCCACACUAAACCCUCUGGAGGAUGGCCCAGAGCCUCCCACUCCUGGGCCUGAGUCUACUCCCAGCAAAGAGCAGGCAGCAGAAGGCCCUAACCUGACCCCAGAAGCCAGCCCAGAUCCAGUUCCUGAACCUCCCCUGCCCUCAGUUGAGGCUCCAGAUAAGCCCUCUGAAAGCCUUGAUCAACCAUCUUCUCCAGCCCCAUCUCCAGGCUUGCAGCCUGAUGCCCAAGCUGAAGAAGUAGCUCCUCCACCUGCCACAAUGGAGGAGGAAGAAGUGGGAGAACCCCGUGCUGCAGAGCCAGCCCCAGCUGACUCUCGCCACCCUCUAACCUAUCGGAAGACUACCAACUUUGCCCUGGACAAGUUUCUUGAUCCUGCCAGGCCCUAUAAGUGUACUGUGUGUAAGGAGUCCUUCACUCAGAAGAAUAUCCUCUUGGUUCACUAUAAUUCUGUCUCCCACCUUCAUAAGAUGAAGAAGGCUGCCAUUGACCCCUCUGGCCCUGCCCGGGGAGAGGCAGGUGCCCCACCCACCACCACUGCUGCCACAGACAAGCCUUUCAAGUGUACAGUUUGCCGAGUUUCCUAUAAUCAGAGUUCCACCUUGGAGAUUCACAUGCGGUCAGUUCUGCACCAGACUCGGUCACGGGGAACCAAGAGUGAUGCCAAGGCAGAUGGGCCAGAGCGUAGCCAAGAAGAGCCUAAAGAAGGCGAGACUGAGGGGGAGGUGGGCACUGAGAAAAAGGGCCCUGACUCCUGUGGCUUCAUAUCGGGACUGCCCUUCCUGUCCCCACCCCCACCUCCCUUGGAUCUGCAUCGAUUCCCAGCCCCUCUCUUCACCCCACCAGUCCUGCCUCCCUUCCCUCUAGUGCCCGAAUCCCUGCUGAAGCUCCAGCAGCAGCAGCUGCUCCUGCCCUUCUACCUCCAUGACCUCAAGGUGGGGCCCAAGCUGGCACUUGCUGGGCCUGCACCUAUGUUGUCCCUUCCAGCUGCCACCCCACCUCCCCUCCCACCUGCCCCAAAGGCUGAGCUGGCUGAGCGAGAAUGGGAACGCCCACCCGUGGCAGAGGAAGGGAAUGAGGCAGGGUCUUCCUCCCCACCCCACCCAUCACCCAACGAGGCAGCCAGCACAGCAGCAAAAGCUCUCCUAGAAAACUUUGGCUUCGAACUGGUGAUUCAAUACAAUGAAGGGAAGCAGGCUGCACCCCCUCCUCCAACACCCCCUCCCCCAGAGACCCUGGGGGGUGGGGACAAACUGGCCUGUGGGGCCUGUGGGAAGCUCUUCUCCAAUAUGCUUAUCCUCAAGACCCACGAGGAGCAUGUCCACCGCCGUUUUCUGCCCUUUGAGGCUCUCAGCCGGUAUGCUGCUCAGUUUCGCAAGAGCUAUGACAGCCUAUUCCCACCCCCUGUGGAGCCCCCCAAGCCACCCGAUGGGUCCCUAAAGUCACCUGCGCCCCAGCUUGGCCCAACUUUCCUGGUCCCAGAGCCUGAAGCAGGGGGGACCCGUGCCCCUGAGGAGCGAAGCCGGGUAGGACACUGGCCCCCUGAGGAGGAAGAAAGCUCCAAAGGAAAUCUUCCUCCCCUCAUGCCUGCAGGCCGCCGCUUCUCCAGAACCAAGUUCACGGAAUUCCAGACUCAGGCCCUGCAGUCUUUCUUUGAGACCAGUGCCUACCCCAAAGAUGGAGAGGUGGAGCGGCUUGCAAGUCUCUUGGGUCUGGCUAGCCGUGUGGUGGUAGUAUGGUUCCAGAAUGCCCGCCAGAAAGCACGCAAAAAUGCCAGUGAGGGUGGGCCUGUGCCAGCUGGAGGUGGCACCAGUGGAGGUUCUGGCUGUAGGCGCUGCCACAUCACCUUCUCUUGUGUUUUUGAGUUAGUACGGCACCUCAAGAAGUGCUAUGACGACCAGACUCCCGAGGAAGAGGAGGAAGAGGCAGAGAGAGGGGAAGAGGAAGAAGAGGUGGAAGAGGAAGAAGUGGAGGAAGAACAGAGACUGGAACCCCCAACAGGGCCUGACGGUCCAUCACCUGAACCUCCAGACGUGGAGGAGCUGAGUCAAGUGGAGGCAAUAAAGCCAGGAGACAAAGAGCCGGAAGGAAAGGCUCCUCCCUCGCCUUCCACAGCCCACACCUGUGACCAGUGCACCAUGGCUUUUCCCAGCCAGGACCUCCUGUCCAGUCACCGCCAACUGCAUUUCCUGCCAUCUGUGCAACCCAGUGCUCCCCCUCAACUCCUAGAUCUGCCCUUGCUGGUUUUGGGGGAGCGAAACUCUCUGGUGGCAGGCAACCCACCUGCGCCAGGGCCACCCCUCAAACGGAAGCAUGAGGAUGGCAGUCUGUCCCCCACAGGCAGUGAGACAGGGGGUGGAGGGGAGGGCGAGCCUCCCCGGGACAAGCGGCUGCGCACUACCAUCCUGCCCGAGCAGCUGGAGAUCCUGUACCGCUGGUAUAUGCAGGACUCCAACCCGACGCGCAAGAUGCUUGACUGCAUCUCCGAGGAGGUGGGGCUCAAAAAGCGAGUAGUACAGGUCUGGUUUCAGAAUACCAGAGCUCGGGAAAGGAAAGGUCAGUUUCGGAGUGCCCCUGGGGGUGUGGGCAGCCCAGCAGUCAAAGCCACUGUCACACCUACCCCCGCACCCUUCCCCAAGUUCAACCUCCUAUUGGGCAAAAUAGAUGAAGGGACUGGGAGGGAAGUUCCCAAAAGGGAACCACCUGGUUUUCCCUACCCCACAGUCACCCCUGCUGCUGGGCCCCUACCUUUUCUGCCACCUGGGAAAGAGACCACCACACCAACACCAGAGCCGCCUCUCCCACCACCUCCUCCACCCAUUGAGGAUGAGGGCCCAGAGGAGCCAUCCAAAGCCUCUCCAGAGAGUGAGGCUUGUAGCCCAUCAGCAGGGGACCUAAGUGAUUCAUCCGUUUCCAGCCUUGCUGAACCAGAGUCCCCUGGGGCUGGAGGGAGCAGUGGCGGGUUAGGAGGUGGGACUGGAGUUCCAGAUGGAAUGGGGCAGCGACGCUACAGGACUCAGAUGAGCAGCCUGCAGCUGAAGAUUAUGAAAGCCUGCUACGAAGCCUACCGCACUCCCACCAUGCAGGAGUGCGAGGUGCUGGGGGAGGAAAUUGGGCUGCCUAAGAGAGUCAUUCAAGUCUGGUUCCAGAAUGCUCGUGCCAAGGAAAAGAAGGCCAAACUGCAAGGGGCAAGCCUUGUUGGUAAUGGGGGAAGCGGUGAGGGUCCCCUGGCAGCCCAGCGCACGGACUGUCCCUACUGUGAUGUCAAGUAUGAUUUCUAUGUCUCCUGCCGAGGCCAUCUCUUUUCCCGCCAGCACCUGGCCAAGCUCAAGGAGGCGGUCCGAGCCCAGCUCAAGAGUGAAAGCAAGUGCUACGACUUAGCUCCGGCAUCCGAGGCGCCACCAGCUCCCAAGGUCCCACCUGCUCCAACACCUGCCUCUGUGCCUCUUGGGGCUGCUCCAACCCUGCCUCGCCUGGCCCCAGUCCUUUUGUCUGGCCCAGCUCUGGCCCAGCCGCAGCUCAGCAGUUUAGCACCUUUCAAUUCAGGCUCUGCAGCCUCCUCAGGCCUCCUUGGCCUUGCCACUUCAGUCCUGCCUGCUACCACAGUGGUCCAGACUGCAGGCCCUGGCCUCCCCUUACCCCAGAGACCUGUGCCCGACCAAACCAACAAUUCCACAGCAGGCACUACUGACCCAGUCCCAGGCCCAGCUACUGAGCCCUCAGGGAACAAGGUAUCUAGUGAGCGAAAGCCAGGAGCAGCUCCUCCCAGCUCCUCCAGUGAUGCCCUCAAGAACCUCAAAGCACUGAAGGCCACUGUCCCAGCCUUGUUGGGGGGCCAAUUCCUGCCCUUCCCAUUGCCCCCUGCAGGGGGAGCAGCACCCCCAGCUGUCUUUGGCCCCCAAUUACAGGGGGCCUAUUUCCAACAGCUCUAUGGCAUGAAGAAGGGGCUGUUUCCCAUGAACCCUGUGAUACCUCAGACCCUUAUUGGGCUGCUCCCAAAUACUCUCCUACAGACACCCUCCCAGGCCCCUGAGCCCACAGCCACAGCACCUCCAAAUCCUCCUGAAUUGCCCGCUCUGGGGGAGGGGGAAGCUGGUGAGGCUGAUGAGCUGCUGACAGGCAGCACCGGCAUCUCCACUGUGGAUGUGACUCACCGCUACCUGUGCCGCCAGUGCAAGAUGUCAUUUGAUGGGGAAGCCCCAGCUACUGCCCACCAGAGAUCCUUCUGCUUCUUUGGGCGGGGCUCUGGGGGUCCCAUGCCUCCCCCACUGCGGGUGCCCAUCUGCACCUACCACUGCCUGGCAUGUGAGGUGCUGCUGAGUGGGCGUGAAGCCCUGGCCUCCCACCUGCGCUCCUCGGCCCACAGGCGCAAGGCGGCCCCACCCCCAGGGGGCCCAUCCAUCACCGUCACCAACGCCGCCACUGCUGCCACAGCUGCUGUGGCUUUUGCCAAAGAGGAAGCAAGAUUACCUCACACGGACUCCAACCCAAAAACUACUACUACCUCUACACUUCUAGCUUUAUAAACAGAUAA